UUUUCUUUUUUAAUCUUUGCAAAUAAAUGAAUGCUCCAUGGUGGCACCGCUUUACUAUCAGUUGUCCAUUGUUUGCAAGAUGAUGAUUUGUUCAGCUAUGAAAUUUGUCAAAAUAUGGUAUUUUGAUGGAUGAUUGGUUUAAUAAAGAUCGUUAAGUCUCAUUGAUCCUUCUAUUUCUAUCCAUCUAAAUGUGCUCUUGGAUCAUGUUAGAGUGAGAGAUGACUUUUUCUGGUAUCAAAUUUUUAGGUGCAAUUUGUUGGGCCAUCAUGAAUGUGGUUGUUAACAUGUAAAUUACAUUUAAUAUGGGGCUAAAGGCUGAGAUGGCUUUUUCUGAUGGCAUUUUCAAUUUUGCAUAUAAUCUACGAAAAAGUUCUGGAGAAGUGUCAUAGAUAUUUAAAUGGCACUAUGCCCAUUUGUGAUAUACAAGCCAAUAAAUUAAGAAGGAAAUGAGCAAUUUGUAUGAAAGUUUCAAUUUUUGUAGUCAAAUUGUCUUAUUCCUUUCAUCCAUAGUAGUCAGAUCAGAAUCCAAUUUUUCUUUUUUGAUGUCAUCUAUGAAAGUUCACAAAUUCUCACAAUUUGUUUUGUUAAUUUAAUUUUUUUUUAAAAAAGUGAAUAUUAUAAUACAGAGAAGUGGAGGUUAGAAACACAAACUGAAGUUAAUGUAAGGCAAUAGGUUUGGACAACCAAACAAAAUCAAUGGGGGACGAAGACCCAUGGUUAGCUCGAGACAAGUUGUACCAUGUCCUCUUCUGCUUUUCUCUAACCCUUAUCUUCUCCACCUUGGCCAACCUAACCCGCUACCCUUUUCUGCGUCGCCACUCCAUUUGGAUUGGAUCCAUCGCUUCCCUCUUCGCCGGAGCCGCCAAAGAGGUCGCCGACGAACUUGGGUUCUUUAGAUCGGCCGGAGCCUCGUCAAGAGACACCUUCGCUGAUAUCCUCGGUGUGCUGCUUGCUGGUUUUGCUCUCUCAUUAGUUAAGCGUUGCUCUCGACCUAAUAAUCAUGCUACGGAUCACACCCGAUGGGUUUCGCUGGUUUGAGAAUGAUCAAUUGCGUUGGGUUAUGAAAAAGGAAAGGGGUUGUUUGGUUGCUGAGAAAAGUUUUUCAGAAUGGAAAAUUGCAAAAGGAAGCUAGAUAGAAGGUCGGAGUUCAAACAUACCCUGCAACAAGUAUAUUGAGCAUAACAGUUGCUCCUACCGCGAUUCCUGCCAGCUCUCCCACCUGCUUGACAAUGGACAUUUGAUCUCACAUUCAGCCAUGUUAGGAGAUUCUUUUCGUACCCUUAUAAUUUAAUUUCCUAUUAUUGAUACAUCACGUUGAAUCAGUGAAGUAUAAAUUAUUUGCUUAAUACUUAGCUGCUCAUUUUAAGUGAAAGUUUUUCUUGUCUUAUUAUGGCAAAUUUUGAUUGAUGACUAGAAGAGGGAUGCCCAUCCUAACCAUUUGUUUAGGCGUUAACUGUUAAGUUGACUUUGGUCCUAGAGAUUUUUGGAUAUGGACAAGAUUGAACUAGGAGUUAUUAUUAGUAUAAUAUAGUAUUGGAAGUAGUACUUUGCAGUGUGACAACUAUCUUGUCUCUUAGCCAAAACUUUCUUUAAAAAAAUAUUCAUGAAAAGAUUCGUGUCUCCCGGAAAAUCCUAGGAAUGUGUGGUUUAGAAAUAUUUUUACUACAGAGGUGAAUAAAAAUAUUGUUCAAAUAAAGCUCGUUGCGUGUGCGUUUAGUUAGUUCCAUAUUAUGAUAAGAAAACACAAGCAUAGAACAAUGCCCCAUAAGGGCUUAACCCCAAAAUAGUUUUGAAAAUAAUCAACUCAAAAGGAAGAAAAAGUAGUGAAGUUUUGGCACUUACAGCUCUGGUAUCAGUGGCCACACCAGUGACAAUAAACAUGAGGAAGAAGGUAAUGACGAACUCCAAAGCAAAAGCUUGACCAUGACUCCCAGAAGGAACAGUGACACCUCCACUCAUUAUGGGGUGGAAUACCCACUUGAGAGCAAACGAAGCACACAAAGAUGCCACAACUUGUGCUCCAAUAUACACUGGCACCUACAAUGAAAUAGCCUGAUAUCACCACUUGGCUUGUCUUCAUUACAAUCAUGUACAUAUUCAUCAAAAAUAAAAAGAAUAUCACUUUGCUUACAUAUUUCCAUGGAAAGUGCUUUAGAGCAGCAAAAGCUAUGGUGAUGGCAGGAUUGAGAUGAGCCCCGGAGAUGUGGCCAGUUGACAAAAUGACGAUCAUAACAGCGAGGCCAUUGGAAGUGGCGAGGCCCAGAAGGGUCACGGAGCCAGGCGUCUUUUGGUUCACUAUGGCUGUGGCUGUUCCAGCAAAGAUCAGUAUCAGAGUGCCCAUGAACUCAGCUCCCACCUGGGUUUUGACAAUGGCACACCAGUAACCAAAAAUUAAUGUGGUUUAGUUAGUACUCCAAAGAAGCAUAAUAAAUGCAAAGAGAUUAUUGGGUCUAUAUGGUUGUAUUGUAUACCCUUCUGGCAAGAGAGACAGGAGGAGGCGACAAGGAGGAAGAGACCUUAUGCAAAACUCCUUCCUCCAUAGCCCAAUCAUCAAGGCUAAAACACCUGGUGCAGCUGUUGAGGAAAGAUUUUCUACCUGCAUUCCCACCACCUUUAUCUUGCCUGAACCCGCCGCCGCCGAACAGAGGAGCACCUGGGGUUCCUGGUGUGGCAGGUGUGGAAGGUGCUGAAGGCACUUCCUCAUUCUCCAUCACCAUAGUAUAGUAUUACUCCAAAACCAAAACCACAGUUGAAAAUAACAAAAACACCUAUAAAAAUAUAUAUCAUACAGUUUCAGUAUUACUUAGUUUGUAUAGCUCUUAUACUUGAAGAGUUCAUCAUUGUAUGUGUUUGUGUGUUCCUAUGAAAAUAAUAUUUAUAGUAUAUGUUAA